AUGCUUGACGCGCCUCCGACCAUACGACCAUCACAUCCUUCGCAACUUGAUAGCGAAAUUGCCGACGAUGAAGCAAGAAUGGAAAUGUACGGCGGAGACGAUGUUCGGGAGCCCCCGCUGCUCUCUCCCAAAAAAGAAUUGUCGUCGUUUGAGGUUUCUUCCCCUUCGUCUGCUCCGGUUACCUGGGAUGGUCCUCAAGAUCCACACAAUCCACAAAAUUGGACUGUGUUACGGAAGUGGCUGCUUACUAUCCUUUGUGCAGGGAUGACCAUCAAUGUGACGUUCGCAUCAUCAGCCCCGAGCGCCGCAACAUCUAGAAUCAUAGAGCAAUUCGGUAUAUCUAACGAAGUAUCAUAUCUUGUUACCAGCGUUUUCCUGCUGGGAUAUGUGUUUGGACCUUUUGUUUUUGGUCCAGGCAGUGAAUGGUUUGGCCGUAAACCAAUUUUGGUUCUUGGCAUGUCCGCCUACACUCUCUUCAUUCUCGGCCAAGUGUUCGCACCCAACAUUCAGACCCUGCUCGUCACCCGGUUCUUUUCCGGUUUCUUCGCCGUUGCUCCGCUCACUAUUGGGGGUGGCCUUCUUGCAGAUAUCUGGUCUGCAGGAGGUCGAGGUCCCGCAACGAGUGUUUUCGCUGCCAGUGUUUUCCUUGGGCCCGUUCUAGGACCAUUGGUAGGAGGGUUUGUUGCCGAGUCAAAACUGAAGUGGAAUUGGAUUUUCUGGGUUAUGUUUAUCUUCGCCGGAGCGUCUACUAUUGUCAUGGUUGUUUUCCUCCCGGAAACAUACGCACCGGUGCUUUUGCUGAGGAAGGCAAAGAAGAUGAGGAAAGAGGCUGAGACGCCGGAAAUUGCCAAGACGAUAUACGCAGAACAUGAGAAGCAGGACUUUACCCUAGGUCCCCUCCUGCACCGCACUUUGUUCAGGCCAUUCCAGAUGCUUCUUUUAGAGCCCAUCCUGGUACUCGUCACAGUUUAUCUCUCGAUUGUUUAUGGCGUUCUUUAUGCUCUGUUUGAAGCGUUUCCUGUCAUCUUCGUUGAGCGCCACGGCUUCACCUUAUCCCAAAACGGUAUCAUAUUCAUUGGAGUUGGUAUUGGAAGUACCCUGGGUGCUUUGACGAACUUUUACUUUUCCCUCCAGUAUUCGAAGCAUAUUGCUCAUUGGAAAGGGUUUCCUCCAGCGGAAUACCGUCUUUACGGUGCGAUGGUUGGUGGGCCAGCUCUCGUCGUUGGUGCGUUCUGGUUAGGAUGGACGGGAGAGUACACGAGCAUCCACUGGGCGGUUCCCGCUGUUGCGACCGUCGUUCUAGGGUUUGCAAUCAGCUUGAUUUUCAUGUCAUUUUUGAGUUACCUCAUCGACACCUACCUCAUGUACAGCGCCUCUGCAUUCGCCGCCAACACAACCAUACGUUCACUCGUCGCAGCAGCCUUCCCUCUCUUUACCGUUCAGAUGUACACCAAACUCGGCAUCAAUUGGGCAUCGACUCUUGUUGGCCUUAUCGGUCUUGUCAUGGCACCCAGCCCAUUCCUCUUCUACAAAUACGGAGCCCGCAUCCGUCAAAAGAGCAAGUUCGCUCCGUGUAUUGAUCUGAAGAUUGCCAAAGAGUUGGAGGAAGAGGAGAGGCACAAUAUUGAAGGGAAGAUGAUGAACGCGGAGCAGGUUUGA